AUGGAUAACAUUCAUGUUCUCUUGCAUGGAGACAAUCAAGUAGUGAAGGAGAAGCCUCCACCACGAGUGUGUCCAAGGUGUAAGUCCGACGACACCAAGUUCUGCUUCUACAACAACUACAACGAUUCUCAACCACGCUACAACUGCAAGAGUUGUCGUCGCUUCUGGACUCAUGGUGGAAGGCAAAGGAACAUACCGGUUGGUGGAAGAAGCCGUAAAGCCAAGCGUGCAAAGGUAGAUCAACCUUCUGUUCCUCAGGUGGUUUCUGUUGAGAUCCAACAAGUCAAUCAUCCCCAACCUAUCGUAAUUGGAGGUUCGUCUUCUUCUGCCGUUGCUGUUGGGAACCAUUUCGGUUCUUUGCCUGAAAUUAAUGGUGAGAUGGUGCUUCCAUUUCAAAGUUAUCCACAAAUGGAUCACUUAGAUUUCUCUCUUGGAUUGUUUCAACAAGAUUAUUACAAUAUUGGACCCGAUGGUUUGUUUGGUUAUCCUUUGAUUAACCAGACAAUUGGUAGUUGUGUUGAUUAUUACAACGGCUAUGGCGUAAAUCAAGAAGAUCAGGACCAGAACUUUGCCAUCGCUAUGAACAUGAAUCACAAUGACGCAAGUACCAGUGGAAGCAGAGGAUCUCUCUAG